GGGUUUUCUCUCCCUCUCAGGUUCCGGCCCUUUGUGCCCCACAUCCCCUUCGAUUUCUAUGUCUGUGAGAUGGCGUUUCCACGCGUCAAACCCGCGGCGGACGAGACGGCCUUCAGCGAGGCUCUGCUCAAGAGGAACCAGGACCUGGCUCCCACCGCUGCCGAGCAGGCUUCCAUCCUGUCCCUGGUGACCAAGAUCAACAACGUCAUCGACAAUUUAAUUGUGGCCCCGGGAACGUUUGAAGUGCAAAUCGAGGAGGUUCGCCAGGUGGGCUCCUACAAGAAGGGGACGAUGACGACGGGGCACAACGUGGCGGAUCUGGUGGUGAUCCUAAAGAUCCUGCCCACCUUGGAAGCCGUGGCGGCCCUGGGGAACAAGGUGGUGGAGAGCCUGCGGGCGCAGGACCCCGGGGAAGUCCUGACCAUGCUGACCAACGAGACCGGCUUCGAGAUCAGCUCGGCCGACGCCACGGUGAAGAUCCUGAUCACCACGGUGCCGCCCAACCUGCGCAAGCUGGACCCGGAGCUGCACCUGGACAUCAAGGUGCUGCAGAGCGCCCUGGCCGCCAUCCGGCACGCGCGCUGGUUCGAGGAGAACGCCUCGCAGUCCACGGUGAAGGUUCUGAUCCGGCUGCUCAAGGACCUGAGGAUUCGCUUCCCCGGCUUCGAGCCGCUCACGCCCUGGAUCCUGGACCUGCUGGGGCACUACGCCGUGAUGAACAAUCCCACCCGGCAGCCCCUGGCCCUCAACAUCGCCUACAGGCGCUGCCUCCAGAUCCUGGCGGCCGGGCUCUUCCUGCCCGGCUCCGUCGGCAUCACGGAUCCGUGCGAGAGCGGCAACUUCCGCGUGCACACGGUGAUGACGCUGGAGCAGCAGGACAUGGUGUGCUACACCGCCCAGACCCUCGUCCGCAUCCUCUCCCACGGAGGGUACCGGAAAAUCCUGGGGCAGGAGGGUGACGCCAGCUACCUGGCGUCCGAGAUGUCCACGUGGGACGGGGUGAUCGUGACGCCGUCGGAGAAGGCGUACGAGAAACCUCCGGAGAAGAAGGAAGGGGAGGAGGAAGAGGAAAACCAGGAAGAGCCAGCGGCGGGCGAGGAGGAGGAGAGCAUGGAGACGCAGGAGUGAGGGACAGGGGACACUGGCCAAGGAACACCGUGGGGUCUAGGCCCCUCCUCGGUCACCUGACGUGUCCCUGUCCCCUGUCCCUGGUUUGUAA